UUCCAAAUUGGGAGAAAAGGGGAUAAUAAUAAUAAAAAGAUUGCUUCGAUUUAUUAUUAUUUAUUGAUUUUUUUUCACCCCUUUUCUCCCCAAUUUGGAAUGCCCGAUGUGAGUUGGCUCCAAGUCUGAGACCAUCAAUUCGCGCAUCUUAUCACGUGGCUUGUUGAGCGCAUUAUUGUCGAGACAAAGUGCAUGUGGAGGCUUGAUGUUAUUCUCCAUGGCAUUCAAGCACAACUCACCAUGCGCCCCACUGAGAGCGAGAACCACAUUAUAGCAACCACGAGGAGGUUACCCCAUGUGUCUCUACCCUUCCUAGCAACCGGACCAAUUUGGUUGCUUAAGAGACCUGAUUGGAGUCAUUCAGCACAUCCUGGAUUCGAACUCGCGACUCCAGGGCUGGUAGUCUCCGUCUUUACAUGCUGAGCUAUCCAGGCCCAACAAAUCUUUAUUUAUAUAUUUAUUUUUUAAACUAAUUUUUUAUUUGAGUGUAUGGUCAAGUGCUCAUCAGUCAGAUUGUCUUUCUGUAUUUACACAUCAAAAUCAAAGCACUAUCUCAGUGGCCUAAUGGUAAUUUGGGCAUUUGAUUAAGUUUGCAUUACUCAUUUAAAAGUUAUGACUGCCAGUAUUUAUACUUUCCAUUUUGCUAGUAUUUAUUCUUUCAUUUAAAAUUUGUACAAGUGUCAUAUCAGCAAGGACACUUACCAAACAGCAAAUACAUCAAUCUACAAGAUAAUUGGCUGAUACAAAUAUUCACUUAGAAUAAGUGGAGACAUAAUGAAUUGAACAAUCUGUGGUGAGACAUUACCUUCUGCUAUGAGCCAAUCUGCCAUUCCCUUGUCAUGACCUCAUAACCAUGAUGUUAAUGGAUGUUAUUAAGGUAUUCUUCUAUGGGAGGAACAUCCUCUCAAGUUUCUAUUAAUGUACUUUCUCUAGAGAUGGCUAUGCUUGCUCUGGCAGAAAGAUACUCAUGCUGAAUUCACUUAGCAGAGAAGAUGAGCCGUCCCUGGCAGUGGGAAGAAAGAAAGAGAGAGAGAGAGAAAGAGCAUGAGCGUUUUGUUUUAAAAGCUAAAUGGAAUGGCAUGGAAGGCAAGGCAGCAGGAAGCGUGGAGAUGCAGGCAUGCCUGUCUGCCCAAAGAACAAGAGCUAGACUAAUUGUGUUUUAAAGUGGGUCUGUGGGUACACAAUGGGGAAUCAGAGGGUUUUAAGAUCCCCUGAGCAACUCCAGAGGAAGAGAGAUUUGUCAGAUUUGUAGGUCAGGCUGCAGGGGUUGUUGUCAGGCAGACUCACAGCGGUAGAGGUGCUUUCAUAAUGGGGCUUUAGCACGACACUGAUGUGUGAUAUUUCAGUUUGGGCUACAUACAGUUUAAUUCAUUUGCAUCCAUCCCUUUGCAUCCAUCUCCUACCUGGAGAAAAAAGAUUUUUAAGAGCCCCUGGCUGAAUAUUCUUUUUCGAAGAGCAAGUGUGAUAAUACCAUAAUUGAUUUCACGCUUUACAGGGCAUUGUGCGAGCACAUCUUCAUUCCCAUCUGGCCUUUGGAGAAGGCUGACCCGGUUUCAGUGUGUUACAUACGAGGGGUCCAGUCCGAUGGGACCUGUCCCUUACUAGUGCUGAUCUAAGGAUGUGAGGAGUGAGGGAACAAAUGUGUUCCCGCAGCCCCAAUCCAUCUCACACACUUUACAUGUGCUCUUCCAAUGCAAUUCUCUUAAAUAUUGUUGGUCAUCUGGCACCUCUUCCAUUUUUGGAAAAAAGGGCUGCCAGUGAUAUUUUGUCCCAGAAUUUUUUUUAUAAUAAUUAUCAUCCCUCCCUAAUGCCCAGUUAUUACCAACAGGCUUUAUUUAAGACAAUAGAUCAUGGUGGUUGUCAGAGGGAAGGAAUUUUGAUCGAAGAAGCUACGCAAAGCCAAUAAGGAGAAUUACACACUGGCCACGGCUGAGGGCACACAAGGAGGAGCACACAGGAGUCUGCUCCACUGGGGUUAAAGUGUGCAGUGUGCACUACUUCCUGCCUUAGGUAGAUCUGUCACAGUGUGGUGUGGAGCUGUAGCUGUGUCAGAGGCUUUCUGUGUCCUUGCCUCACUGCUACGAGAGCUGCUCGGCAGGAUAUCGCAAUCUUUUUCUCACUCGCACUGAGGAAUCUGCAUCCAGCCACCACCAUGGAAAAGUGCUGUUCGGAGUGUUCAGAGCCAAGGAUGGCGCAAAGCCUGUGCACCUUCUGCAACAAGUGGCUGUGUUUCCAGUGCACAGACCUGCACCAGCACGAAAGAGCCUCCACUCAACCCUCUGACCUGCAGCACCAGCAGAGAGACCUUCCAUCACCGUCUGAAAUAGGAGCCGGUAUUUGUGGGCAUGCUGUUGUCAUGUGUCCUCUUCAUAAACAGGAGCCUCUGGAGCUGCUCUGUGAAACGUGUGACCUCAUGGCCUGCAGCAUCUGUCACCUAUCCACCCACAAAGACCAUCGGCUGGUGCAUGUUGGGAAAGCUCUGCAAGACCAGCGCUGGCUCCUGCAGAACCUCAUGACUCGAGUUGAGGAGAAGAGGUCAGCUGUGGAGAGUACUGCUAAACAGGUCCAGGGCAGGCUCCAUGGUAUUAAGAUCACGCAGAGGAAGGCAGAGAACCAGAUAAAAAUGGCAAAGAUGAUUAUAAUGAACGAGCUUAACAAACGGGCCAUCCUAUUAAUAGAACAACUGGAGAGUAUCUCCAGUGAUUUCAAGCAGCGUCUGGAGGACCAGCUGCAGGGGGCCAUAGAGCUGUGCAGCCAGCUGGAGCACGUGCAGAACUUCAUUACCUGGGCUACAGCCCACCACAGGCUCAAUCCACUACUCUUCAGCAAAGAGCUGAUUGCUCUUCAGAUGCAGCAAUUACUGGAGCCACUGAUGCUCUCAGAGUCCUGGGCCCCUUUGAAAAUCAAGUUUAACUGGGAUGCCAGCUUCUGGACCAAGCAGAUGUCCACUUUAGGUCAGCUGGUUGUUGAGGGUGGAAGCCAUCCGUACUCAGAGGUUGUCGGUCACCCCAGCAUCCUGCGACCCCAGCCUGUCCCUUGCAUUGCCAUGCCCCCUCUGUGCCAUGCAGUGGGGGAACCUGGCUGCGCCUACCAGACUUUCUGCCAGCCCCAGCUCUGCUGUCUUCACUGCAGACCUACCCAGUCCAUCCCUUUGGACAAGUACUCAGUACCCCUGGACAAAUACCUUGCCCAGUGUCCUCAGGCCACCAGCCGGAGCUCCCCUCCAUCCCAUCACAGCUGCUGGGAGGCUGAUGCUACACAGCAGUCCACCUCUAACCCUGGGUCUGACCUUGUUCAGCAUGGAACCAGGGCUGCUGUGCCUCGGCAGCCUGCCGGAUCCAACAACCACACGUUGCCCGAGCCACCCCCUGCUAAUCCCAACCAGACUGUUGUGGAUGGGAGAAAAACUGAAUCAAGCCAGCCCCCCCAUGGGAGAGGACAAACAUCUUCACCCAAGGCAGCAACAGGACCAGAGCUUUCACCAGACGGAGAGCUGUCACAGACCCAAAAUCAGGCUCAAAUGCAUUGGGCCACAGACAUCAACAACCAACCCAUGGUUGAGCUGCAGCCUAUCAUUGCUCGUAUUGGUGAUGGCAGGAGAUCCUCAGCAUUGGAUAUGUAUGCAGUGGCUCAAGUCCGGGAAGGUGAUAGCCAGAGCCGUUCAAAGAGAAGGACCAGGUCUCAGGACACCCCAGCAGGACCCGGAGGAUCUCAUAAGAAGCUCUCUAAAGACAGGCUGAACAGGGCUGCCCACAGCCUGGCAACAGAGGCUGGGGACCAGGGAUGCACAACGCUGCAGCAGGUCUGUCCACGGCUAAGAGAGACAGAGGAGGCUUCUGAGAUCAGCCCUGGACCGCAAUGCACAAGCAGUCAUAGUGUGUCUUCUCUGGCCAUCUACAAAUCUGAGCCAGAUAAUGUUUAUGCGUAUGCCUAUGAAAACAGAAAACUGAAAAUAAGAAAGAAAAAGAGGCCAUCAAGACUUGAUGUGGACACCAGUGACAAAGAAGCCUCUGAUGGUUCUAAGGUUCCAGUUGUGUGUCUUGAGCGACUCAAAAUCCUGGUAUCCCGGCAUCCACCGCAGAACCAUCAGAGCACAGAUCUCACCUGUGAGACUCAGAGGAAACCUGAAAGAACUGUCUUAAGGGUGUUAGAGAGAGAAACAACUGCUCAGGGAACAUUGAGUGAGGAGUCAGUUCAAACAAGGGACAGUUUGCCGCCUAAUGAGCAGCCGUCAUCAGAACACCUGCAUAGCAGUGGAUCGCCUGGCUCUCUUGAGGUUUCUCAGCCUCCUGUUCAAGAAUUAUCUAACAUGAACCAAGAGUCCAGUGUGCUAGCCAUUUCCAGUGAUCCAGAUCCUCUCUUAGAACAUGACAGAGAAGAAAUACACUCUGAACAUGAUUGCCCAUCUGAACCUAGUUCUGUUCCAGGUUCUGUUUUUCAAACUGAAUUCACAAGAGAGACUGAUCUGGGCUCAGAUGCAGAUGUGGAAUCAGAGCUGCGGCCAGAAUCAGAUCCAAGUGCUGAAUCUGAACUGCAUAUCGAAUCAGAUUCAGAUGUGGCAUCAGAGCAACCUCUUGAAUUGGCACUCUUUGCAUCUGUAAAGGAAUUUGAAUCAGAUCCAGAUUCCACAGCUGAAGUGACUCUGAAUCUUGAUCCAGAAUCCGAAUGGGAGGCGGAACAGCCAGCGCUCCCUCCUGACACCAGCCCUGAGACAGUAUCAGACCCUGCUGCUGAGCACCAGCCCACAGAGGAAAGACCUGAGUUCGAGAAUGAGGACUUCUGUGCAGUUUGUCUCAUUGGAGGAGACCUGCUGUGCUGUGACCGUUGCCCCAAGGUCUUUCACCUGUCUUGCCACGUACCUCCCCUCCAUAGUUUCCCCACAGGCGACUGGAUUUGUACCCUGUGCAGGGAUGUGGAGCAGCCAGAGGUGGAAUAUGACUGUGAGAAUGUCCAGAUGUCCACAGGCACAGUGCCAUAUGGACUGUUGGCAUGUGAUCAGAGGAAAUGUGAGAAGUUGACCCUGCUGAUCCUCAGCAACAUUCUCAGCACUCCAUUCCACGAGCCUGUUAGCCCUCUGGCUCGACACUAUUAUCAGAUCAUCAAGAAACCCAUGGACUUGUCUGUCAUUCGGAACAGGCUCAUCAGAAACAGCAACACACACUACCAGUCCCCUCAUGAGUUUGUGGCUGAUGUUUUACUUAUGUUCAAAAACUGUUCCAAGUUCAACUACUCAGACUCAGAGGUGGCUCAGGCAGGCCGCAGUCUGCAGACCUUCUUCACCACGAAGCUGAGGGAGGUUUUCCCUGAUCUGAGCUGCCCUGUCCAGGAGGAGGAGGACACAGACAGUGAGGAUUAUGAGGAGUUGGAGAGAGCUGCUGUGACUGGAUUCCCCUGGCCAGAGAAAAAGGAGCAGAGUCAAAGGAAGAGGAAGAGGAGGCACUCCCUCAACUGGAGGAGAAAUCACUAUUAGUUGUGCCUCUUAUUUACAUGUACAGAGACAUUAAAGGCAAUUUGAUCCACUUUUUUUUUAAGAUUCAUGUUGAAAUGCAGUAUAUGCUUUAUUCUGAGGACUUCACAUAACAACCAGUUCUGAUUCAUGUGUUAUGCUUUUAUCUAUAGCUGUGGGUAGGUGUUGGCAUUAAUCCUAUACUGUAUCUCCAGACUUUGCCUUAGGUCUUGCACUAGUAUGUCUGUAUUCUAUUGCUUAAAUUGUACAUUCAGUUUGAUAGCUGACUGGUUGCUGGCAACUGCUACUUAGUAAAUAUAGAUAAGCAAUGUUAAUUGGUAAUAAUAUAUAUUAUAAUAAAUAAGUUUUAGAUAUCUGUUUCUUUUUUUAUCCAAAUUUCCCUUGUACGGAGGGACUUACAGUAUUCCUGCUCCAUUUGAACUGUGAUGAUGUUAUCAACCUGUAGAGGGAGUACUUCAUAUAGCCUAUGGCAACACAUUAGUUCAUAUUGGACUUUUUAGUGGCAGGGAGGGGUAUGUAAUGUGACUAAAACCCCCUCCUAGAAAAUAAGGGGGUGAUAUUAGGCUGUUGCUAUAUUUCCAUAAAGCUUUAGAUCGAUCUGUUAAAUUUUCAUUGACUAAUGAUAAAGAAAUAUCCAGUCUUUUCAUAUAUGUACCUAAUGGAUGAAAUCCAGUUUGUUCCUCCAUGUGCUUCAUUAACAGGUUUGAUAUAAAUAUGUCUUCUGACUUUUGUAAAACUGGUCUUAAUUGCUGAAAUUGCUGUGCAGAAUGUUAAGUCCUCCUCUAAUGCUAUGUGCUAUCUUUAGCUGAAUUGUAUUUAGCCUGAAAUAUAUUGGUGUAAAUAUGGAAUCCAAACUAAUCACAAAUUUAUGUUAUCUUUAAGACAAAAGUAAGGAAAAUGUAGGAAAAUUGUCAUUAACUCAUUAACAAA